GAGGUUCCGGUGACAGCCUACUCCAAUGCCACUUUAGAGUGCGAAGUAGGUGUUAGGCCAAGCGACUGUUGGGACAAUUCUUUACGUUGGUAUUUUAAUAACAACUCAGCGAAAUUAGAAUCUGGUGAAAAGUAUAAUAUACAAGAAAGGAAAACCAACACCAGAUGCAAAACAGAUUUCAUUCUCACCAUUAUUAACGUUACUGAAGCAGACGAAGGAAAGUAUAAAUGUCAGUGGCUCUGCGACCGUGACUACCCCAACUUUUCCAGGUCUUCAAUUAUCCAGCUGAAAGUAUUUCCUCCUUCAGAAGAAGGCACUGAUACUCCUCUGAUAUCUAAAGGUAUUGUGUCACGAAAUUUAUCAAAAUUCAAAAAGUGGAAAACGGCACCAGAUUGAGUCAAACAUUAAAAUAACCGCUCAAAACCCCGGUACUUGGGUACUAAAAAGUUUUGCUGGGUACGUGCCGCUGGCCUCUCAGAGCCUAUACCCCAUUAUAGUCUAUUCUGUGGCCAAUUAUAGAUCCCAUCUUAGUCACUUUUGGGCAAAUAUGUAAUUUUCGCGAUCCCAACUUAGUCACUUUUUACUUUUAUGAAUUGACCCAUUUUUCAGAUGGAAUGAAGAACACUUUACUUUUCAUCUGCAGUACAAACAUUCUGGUACGUUUGCUAACCGUAAAUGUAGAGAACUGUCUUACCCCCCAAAAAUCGGAAAAUGUGCUACCCCAUUUUAUUCAAUCCAGUCUUGAAAAUGGGACCCCAUCCAGCGGCACAUCCCCAUUAGCCUCUUAUAAGGAAGUACUCCCCCCACCCCCCCUCGGGCUCAAAACAGUAACACAGCGAUUGCAAAAGGAGUCAUGUCAUGUGAGGACAAGCUUGAAUAGUUGGAACUGAUAGCAACUGAUUUUUUUCAUUAGAAAACGGAGAAUCCAAUCAGAAGAAUAACUCGCAAUUAUAUAGCAGUAAUUUUAUUCGAUCUGAAAUCAAAUUGUACAAAUAUAUUUUAUUUAAUAAGUGUAAUCAAAUAAUUGAUUCACGAAACUAGAAAAAGCGGAAUGAAUACAGAUAAAAGCUAAAAGUUGAUACAAGCGAAGUCACGUGGUUCUUGAAGGAAACAAACUCAAUUUAAGCUACUUCAAUUCUGUUUAAAAGGUAACGAAAGAAAGACUAAAUUAACAAAACGAAGGUAACAUAAGUUCACUUACUUCUAUAGUGAGUUUUCUUAAAUGUCCUCGAAUAAGCAUUAAAUCGGUCCGGGUAGCAGGUAAACUGUCAACACUUUGAUCCUUGCAGUGCGGCGGUCGGUAAAAAACUUAUAAAAACUCGAACAAAGCGGGUACUUUUGUGCUUCCUGUUCGGCGUUUACAUUUUCCUAUUUUUUCCAGCAAGAUUAAAUAUAAAAAUUCCUUGAAUAGUUCUUUUACUACGUUAACAUUGAGGUUUUUGAAAGCUCAAAUAGCCUAAAAGUUUUUCAAAAAAUUUUUUUUUUUGCAUUUAACUUUUCAUAUGAUGUCUGGGGAACAAAUGUGUUUGACAUGAAGCAGUGAUUUUGUCAUUUGCAAGUGAUUUCUUAACUUACGCUGAGUUCCAUUGAGAAUACCGUAAGGACAUAUUUGGCAAUAUUAUCAAAAUAAACCAGCAAACCAUGACGUCAUAGCCCAUUUGUUUCGGUGAGAGGCUACUCCCUUUGUAAGCGAAUUGUUUAAAACCGUUUGGGUCUGAAACAGGGAAAGGUUUUGCGCCGUUUAGAUGCAGGGUCUGAAAUUACAUGUUCGUGCAUGAGUUUUUGAUAUUUUUGUUGUUGCUAUUGUUUUAAAUCAUCUGCCUUCAGUUCUGUGAAUAAGGUAGGAAAAGUCGUACUCUACCAAAACAGGUGGACAGCGAAUUCCAUAAAUACGUGCACUUGAAAUUUCCUUUUAAAAGGAAAGGGAAAUUGGAGGGUAAAGCUUACUUCUGUUUUCGAAAUAAUUAUAGUGUAAAUUAUAGCUGAAAUUUCUAUUCGCGUGGGGUUAUUUAUUGCUAGGUGCCAGACAGCAACUCUGUCACGAUACCCAUCAAAGGGACGGCGAAUCGUAACACCCUCCUUUAUCUGCAUAAUCGUUUCACAUGAUACAAUAGCAGAAUCAGAAUCCAGCAUUGCAUCUGGGUUGAGUAAUGUGUUAGGUCCCAGACCUCUUAUAUUUUAGGGCAGGUUUUGCACAUGCGCAGUUGCAUUAAAAGAAUGACUAGCAAAUGGUUCGUUUCGUGUUCUUGUUUAAGACCAGAAUAUUACAAUUUUGGCGACGAGGAUGGCGCUUGUAAUGUAGGUCAAGUUGGAGAGUAUGUGGACGGUAAAGAAGAUAUUGCAAGUUAUAUUGAAAGAGUGGAAUUGUAUUUUGCGGCGAAUUAUGUCAAGGCGGAUUACAAAGUUGCUACGUUUCUAGCGUUAAUCGUAGCAGAUGCAUAUGGCGUGCCGCGAAAAUUGUUAGCCCCUGAACGUCCAAAAUAUAAGUCUUUGUGCAAUAGUAUGAAAAGCUGACUGAACGAUUUGGAAACCUAGCUCUAAUUUCAAAGUCACUGAUCAAUAAGUUCCUGGAGAUAUCAGCAGAUCAGGAUGAAAACAAUUUGACAGCUCGCGCAACAUAUAUUGUGAGAACAUUUAUGGAGCAGGCUUUAGACCAGCAACUAAUAUGCAGCAGGUUGUUACAAAGCUAUCUCCAAAAACUGUAGUAAGGUGAAGCAGGCAAAAGUCAAAGCUACAGCCCAAAUAAGUUGACCUUAGCGACCUGGUGGCUGAAGGUUGACGUUAGCGACCAGUGUCUGAAACGGACAGUCAAGUCGAAGUGAUAGCCUUUGGUUGCUCUAGUAAUAUAGAGAAUCCUUAACAAGAGAAACGCAAGACAAAUUCAAACAAAUCGAAGUGGCUCAGGAGAAAGAACACGCGACCGCAAUUUAUGCAAUUGACCUGCUCCCAACGUCAGGGGCUUCAUAGCUCAGUUGGUAGAGCAUCGCAUCCGUAAUCGCGAGGUCAUAGGUUCACACCCCGUUGAAGUCCUGUAUUUUUUUUUUUUUCAAGCUUCUUUACGCAAUUGCGUAAAUAGCGUUCACUGCGACGAUCAUUUCUUCAUUUUCAUUUCAUUUCCGCAGUUCAUUUAUGAUUCGUUUCAUACAUCAUUAACACUCAUUUCUUUCACGGGAACAUAUGAACCCACAAUUGAACUGCUCCCAACGUCAGUGGCUUCAUAGCUCAGUUGGUAGAGCAUCGCAAUGGUAAUCGCGAGGUCACGGGUUCAAACCCCGUUGAAGUCCUGAAUUUUUCUCUUUUUUUCAGGCUUCUUUACGCAAUUGCAUAAAUUGCGUUCACUGCGACGAUCAUUUCUUCAUUUUCACAAAUCACUUUGGGGGAAUUUUUGAGAGGCUCAGUCUAAAAACAAGAAAGCUGCAUUAAGUGAACGCUUGAAUCAAGCCAGCUUAUUAGCAGAAAGAUGCACGAUUACAGAAAUUUGCCUACAAUUCAUUUCUGUGCUGACGUAUUUCUCUUUACAAAUUUCCCUAUUCAUUUCCAAAUUCUUUCUCCGGCUGUUAAAGUGAAUUGCAUGUUAAAAGUGCAAGAGGAAAAAAGGAAAUUACACCUUCUGAUAACAUCUUUCCUUAUAGUUAGAAGAAUUCUUGAAACUGAGAGUGUUUUGAUCAAAGCAGCGUAAAUCGAUUUGAAUCAGUGCAUGGAAUCUUGCGUUUUCUGUUUUUAUCUCUCCAAUAUGAUAUCAAUACGAAUCUGUAAAUUUCAAAGAGCUACACAAGAGUCAUACAAAGGCAAAAAAUACAACUGACCAAAAACGAAAAAAGAAAAAGGGACGUUGUAAUGUCAACUACAUUAAAACACCAGCAUAUAUAAUUAUAAGAACCAACAGCGGGGCACAUGUUUACCUAUCGUAUUUGUUUUUCUUUUCAUUUGAAAUUUCCUUUUUUUAUAUUGAUGAAAGUGAUAUGUUGAAGACGUUUCCCCUUUACCAACUUUAUUUGCAGAUUCCUCGACACCAUCGUCACAAAAGACCACUAGCUCAACUUCAACAGGUCAGUGAUGUUAAGGGGUGGUCACUAAGUAUAGUGUUGAAAUGGGACUAAUUGCAGUGGCGGAUUCAGACCUUCAGAUAAGAGGGGGGGAGGGGCGGUCAUCCAGACCCUGAGAUAAGGGGGGCGGUCUUAAAAACAUUUUUUUUUUACCUUUCGGGUCUCAGUUUGGUCCAAAACUAACGGGGAGGCCCGGGCCCCUUCCCUGGAUCCGGCUCUAAAUUGCCAACCAAAUCUAAAAAUAGUAUCCAGAUCUUAUCCCUUUUCAAAUAAUACGAAACAGUGGAAGAAAACAGAACCACCCUGAGUCGGCCCUGAGUCGCUAGACUGUUAUGGCAAUUCAAAAGUAAUUACCGGGUGUCGGUAAAACGCGGGGUCGCGGCCGGGGUCGGGGUCUAUCUCUUUGUUUAUAAAAUAUGGUUUUAAGGUUAGAAUUAGGGUUAUGUGAGGGUUAGGGUUAGUGUCAACCCGAACCCUAACCCUAACCCUAAAACAGCAUUCUUUAAAAAAAAGAUAGACCCGGAUCCCGGACGCGACCCCGCGUUUUUCUGACACCCGUAAUUACCCGUAAUUAAUUGUUGCAUCGUGCUCCAGUCUAAAGACUACAUUUUCACAAAUUAACAAAAUAUAGUGUACAAUCCCGGGUAGGCCCACAGGUAACCCAGGCUCUGUGAUAGUACCACAGUACUGUUUCAUUAAAAUUCCAGGGGCGGGGGACUCCGCAUAUGAAAGGGGUGGGGAUGCUCGUCAGAGAUUUUGAAGUAAACCCCUAAAGGAGACCGGUCUGGGCGUGGCCCAAGCUUUUUUUGAUCCCUAAAAGAGGCCAUGUUAAAACACAGACAAAUGAGAAAACUUGGAUUAUAUGAAUGGAGUAAAUAAAACGAAUUAAAAAUAUACAUAUCAAAUAUAUAUUUUUAUAUUUUUUCGCGUGCAACCCUAAACGAGACCUUCACGGCUAAAUAUGAUGGCAAACUUCAGUCACGUGUGCGGGGUUUGCUCUGGCGAAUUGUGAUUGGCUAGGAAGAACAAUUGCCUUCUAUCAAGUAUUUUUCCAGCAGGGGAGGAUGGCUUUGGGCAAAUGGUGUAUCGGUCUCUAGAAAGGUCACCCCAGGACUCCCGGGAUGGAUUUUUUUGUCAUAAUUUGCUAACUAACUAGAGGACUCAGUUAUGACUAACGGAACUAACCGGUUUACUGUACACAAAAUCUCAGAAAUCUCUGGCACAUAAACUGACUCUUGCAAUGACUUAUUUUUUUCAGAUGCUGCUGCUGCCUAGAUAAACGCUGUUUGGGCAGAAUUUUCACAGUUUAUGAAACACCACGGGCCCAUUUCUCUUAAGUACCGAUAAUAAACGGGCCCGGGAAACAGUUGUUAUGAACAGUUAAGAUCGAGGUUUCAUGAGUUUUCGCUUUUUAGUGUUCUUUACAUUUUCAUUUGAAAAUGUUUUAUUUGGUUUCGGGCCUGAAACGUUCCCGGGAAUUUUGAGAAAGGGGCCAAAGAAGAGGAGAGUUUGGAAAUAGUUUUCUUCAGUGGGAAGUUUUCUUUUCAUUCAUCUAAUAAUGUUUUGGUUGUUAGUUUGUUUUUUUUACACAAAUAGUACCAGUAGAAACGCUCUGAAGUCUAAAGUAAAUGAUGCAACUAUAAAAAGUUGUCAAAAGUUUAUCUUCUUAUUGUUGUUUGACAAUAAAUUUUACUUCGGGCUGAAACAGUCACUCUCUUUGUCUUUCCCAGCCACGCGCGCAGAGGUCAGACUCAAGUAGAUUAAGGCCUCGGUCUACGUCAGUUAUAGUUUUUAUGCACAUAUUCCAAAAAACCAUUGUUAAAGACAACAACUGAUAAUAACAAAAUCAACAGUCCCAAAAAACUGUAACGCAGUGGAAGAACAAUCCCCAGCAUGCCCUGUGUCAAAAUGAAAAGGUGUUCAACAACAGAGCAGCAUUAAAGAAAGUAUUCCGGCUUUAAUAUCCAUGUAAUAUCCAUUGCAAAAAAAAACAAAUAACAAAUAACCAAACACUAAGGUAAAGAAAAUAAUAUACAAAAUAUUUCAUUCAGACAUUCCGAAAGCUAACUACAAUACCUAUAGAAAAAAUUACUAAAUAUGGUUAUUCUUCCAUACACAAUAUGCAUUGAAUUCUUACGGAAGUGCAGCCAAAUCCCUAUUAAGCAGUCAACCUCUUCUGUUUGGCGGUCACCUGCGAGAGUCGCUACUUCCCGAGAGUGACGUCUUAGUAGUCCCAUGUUCUCAGUAAAUUUCACAAAUCGAAAAAAUUCAGCCGUUCUGAACUAUCAUAAGUCGUGAUCCUUAUCAAACCAACCGGUUUUGUCGGAUUUCUGUAUCAUGUUUUUUGUUGGUCUCGAGUUUUUGGAUUUUCGUUACUAUUUUCUGUCCAAAGCAAGCCGUGACAGGCGACGUUUGACGUCAUAACAUUGUGACCUUUCAUACGGCCUCCGCGGAAACCGGCGGGAAAAGUCUUCACGCGUUAGUCGGGUCUGCUGCUUCUAGAGCUGAAAUACACUUCAUCAUUAUCUUGUUGACGUUAUGAUGAAACAAAAAAAGCUUUUUUGUACAACGUAAUCUCAACUUUGCGUUGAUGUAUAGAAAUAAAAUCGAGUUUUAUUCGUUCUUUGCCAUUGAGUGGACUGCGAAAUUUACUGAGAAUAUAGGACUGCCGGGAAUUUAGUGUUUUGAAAACUUUGACCGGCAGUCGAGCUGAAAAAAUUUCUAAGUGUCACAAAAAACGGUUUCGUCUUCUGAGCCCAGGGUAAACCAAACACUAGACUUGAGAUCUAUGAAGCAUUUCAGGAUCGCUUGACUUGCCUUAAUCGACAUAUGAUAGUCUAGAUUAGCUGGAAUCUUUCGAUUUUGUGAAAUUUACCGAGAAUACAGGACUGCCGGCCAUUUAGUGUUUUGAAAACCUUGACCAGUUACCGGCCAUAUAGCCACAGCGAAAGAAUUAAGGUACGACUAGUCCGUUGAAAUUAAAUUUCCAGAAUUGGCUGCAACAGGAACUUGACCGUAACUGGAUCAAAUAACAUUUCAUGAUCUUCCGCAGGGUUUGUAGCCGCCAAAAAUGCCACGCCUUCCAGUCGCCGGAGUUGGGUCCUGCCUAUCAUCAUUAUUUCAUCAGCAAUCGUCUUUGUGUCGAUUUCGAUAGCUGCGCACUUCUUUAUAAAGAAAAAGCGCACCUAUUCACCACAUCGAGCGGGUGACCUUAAAGAAGGAAUUAUGAAGAGCAACAAUCUUUUCAUCAGUUACAGUUCAAAAGAUGGUGCGUGGGUCAAUGAAAAUCUGAUUCCCAUUCUCGAUAAACACUCAAUAUCCUACAGCAUUCACACAAGAGAUUUUAAGUUGGGAAAGCCCUUGUCCAAAACAUGGCAGACAGCGUCUACAGCAGCCGCAAAGUUCUGA